AUGUCUUCUUUCGCUCCUCGUGGACGUGGUGGAUUUGGUGGUGACCGCGGUGGCCGUGGCGGUGGUCGAGGUGGUUUCGGCGACCGUGGUGGCCGUGGAGGUGGCCGUGGUGGCUUCGGUGGUCGUGGAGGUGGCCGUGGUGGCUUUGGUGACCGUGGCGGCCGUGGAGGUGGUCGUGGUGCCCCUCGUGGUGGUCGUGGUGCCCCUCGUGGUGGCCGUGGUGCUCCUCGCGGUGGCGGCGGCGCUCGUGGUGGUGCCAAGGUUGUCAUUGAGCCUCACCGUCACGCCGGUAUCUUCGUCGCUCGCGGCGGUAAGGAGGACAUGCUUGUGACAAAAAACCUUACGCCUGGAACUGCCGUCUACGGCGAAAAGCGCAUCUCCGUUGAGGGCCCCUCAACUGAGGAUGGUACCGUUACCAAGAACGAGUUCCGUGUCUGGAACCCCUUCCGUUCUAAGGUAAAUGCCCCAUUUCCUGGAUUAAAGAUGCAUGGCAUCGUUCCCGGUUUUGUAGAAGUUGUCUCGGAAUUCUUCAAUAUCGCCGCGAUAUUGGCCGCUGGUGUGCUGGGUGGUCUUGAUGACAUCUACAUGAAGCCCGGCUCCAAGGUUCUUUACAUCGGUGCUGCCUCCGGUACCUCCGUUUCUCACGUCGCUGAUAUUGUCGGACCUACCGGUAACGUCUACGCCGUUGAGUUCUCUCACCGCUCCGGUCGUGAUCUGAUCGGCAUGGCCACUCACCGUACCAACGUUAUCCCCAUCGUUGAGGAUGCCCGUCACCCUCUCCGUUACCGUAUGCUUGUGCCCAUGGUUGAUGUCAUCUUUGCCGAUGUUGCCCAGCCCGAUCAGGCCCGUAUUGUCGGAUUGAACGCCCACAUGUUCCUCAAGGCUGAGGGUGGUGUCAUUGUCUCCAUCAAGGCCAACUGCAUUGACAGUACAGCUAAGCCCGAGGUUGUGUUCGCUAAGGAGGUCCAGAAGAUGCGUGAGGAGAAGAUUAAGCCCAAGGAGCAGCUGACCCUCGAGCCUUUCGAGCGUGACCACUGUAUUGUCGCUGGUAUCUACAAGCGUACUGCCGCGUAA